AUGUCACGGGGAAGCCAGGAUGGGCUGGCGUGGGAGGAAACGCUUUUCGAUCUCGUGCCUCGCUGGACUCGAGAGCCAUCAAUUGAGGCGAUCGAGAGAACAUGCCGUCAGAAACUCAAUAUUGGUUCCGAGGAUACCUGUGCCGUUUCUAUGUUUGCGUCUGGCGCCUUCAAUAAGCUCUUUAUGGUCACUUAUGCCGAUCAAUCGGCGUUGAUGCGAGUUUCUCUACCGGUCUAUCCGCAUAUCAAAACACGCAGUGAGGCAGCCACUUUGCGAUGGGUGCGCGAGAAUACCAAAGUCCCCGUUCCUCAAGUGCUCGCAUUUGAGGACAGCAAUGACAACGAAAUCGGCUUUGAGUGGAUAUUGAUGGACCUUAUACCGGGGUCUCCAGCUCACAAGCGAUGGCGCACCAUGUCAAUGAAGCAGAAAGAAGACUUCACAACAAAGAUGGUGGAAUUUCAGGCAGAUCUAUUCCGCCUCGGUCGUCCCGAGUCCACGUUUAGCGGCAUAGGGACCCUGAAUUUCGAGACAAAAGAGCAGGACUCUGAAGGGGUUUCGACGUCAAUUAUUCCUGGCGAACUCGUCUCUCACUCGUUCUUCAUGGGAGAUCACCUGCACUACGAUGUUGCGAGGGGACCUUUCCUCUCUAGCUAUGACUGGUUAAGCUCAGAGCUGAAAAUCAUCAUACUUGAGCAGGAGACAGUUAUCGAAAAGGCAGAAGACGAAGACGAUAAAGAAGACGCCGAGGAAAUUCUCACAUCGGCCCGGAAACUACUUUCCCUCCUCCCCAAGAUCUUCUCGCCUACUCAGCCUGGCGCAGAGGCGACUGUCAUCUACCACGAUGAUCUAAAUCUUUGGAACAUUCUUGUCGAUUCUCAGGGAAGCAUCACAGCUGUUGUAGAUUGGGAGUGCGUCUCGGCACUGCCGAUCUGGAUGGCUACCAGGAUGCCCAAGUUCCUGACCGACUCAAGCCGAGAGGAGGAGCCAAAGCGGGAUGAAUACAUGGACGAGACAGCCUCGGACUCGGCGGAACGAGAGAAGAGUAGUGAUCCAAAUCUUCUCGACAACGAAGGCAAGGAUGAUUUGUAUUGGAUACACAGAAUGGAGUGGGAAGUCACACAGCUGCGAAAAGUCUAUUCAACGAAAAUGAGGGAGCUCUGGCCGGACUGGCCGCUGGAGGAGAGCAAUCUCAAAGUCGACUUUUAUGAAGCAGUCUUGCAAUGUGCUGCUGGAAUCUUUCUGAAACAGGUGGAUAAGUGGGCUGAUGGCAAAGAGAGUGGCCAAAGCCUACGAUUAACGGAUGUUUAG